CGAUGCACACUUGGAAAGGGGGCAGGGAUGUGUAUUUUUCCACUUGCUUGAAAUCUCAGGGUAGCCCGUGGUGUGAAUUCUAACAUUUCUGGUAAUUUAUGACUCCAAUUAAAUUCCUACAUUAAUGUAAUCGUAUUUUGUUUUAUAAUGUCAAUGCUGAAACGGUAUGUAGGCUAUUAGCUAGCCUAACGUUACCUUAAUUUUUACGAUCUGUUAUACUUAAGCUAUUGGUUCUUCUGAAACUCUAAUUCGCUAUGCAACGGGCUGUGGUAGGAUCUAUUCUUAUUCACUAUCUGGUCGCUGUACGCUCCUGGAGUGCCAACAUUACAGAUAGCAAGCACUAACAGAAAUUCAGUAAAUAGCUUACUUUCGCAUUGUUGAUAUUAGGGUAUAAAUAUUCCGAAUGGAAUUCAUUAAAGUCAUUAUUAUCGAGAAACAGGAAAUAAGCGGAAAUAAAAACUGACGCAUAAGAUCAGGCUUCGGUAGAUUUAAGUAGGCUCACCUACGUGUUACGUGUUAUUGUUGAGCAUUCCAAUAGAUUUUUUUCACGUUUGGUUCAUUUCCAUGAAGACCGACCGCCUUUGGCAACAGGAACCGUGACAUUCCAUUGGCAGGCAGAUAGCAGUAGCGGAUGCAUAAUUGGCUUUAAUACCUGCUAGUCAAAUAAUAAGGGGCGGGGUUAUGGGUGUACAGCCACAAGGGCAAGCGAAUAGGAUAAAUUCACACCGGAGCGCUGCUUUGGUGGAUGGGGAGUUUGACAGAUAAAUGACGCGUUCUUGUUAUCUGUGGUCUCAUGAAGAUGCCAGCGACAAUGCGUACUCAACAGACAUCUCAUUUUAAUCUAAACUAUGAUAUUUUAAAAACAGCAACAUGUGAACUGUAGAUGGGGAUAUAGAAACCAAGUAAAGCAUAGCAGAUUCCAAUUAAAUUAGAUUACUGGAUUGGCUGCAACAGAUUAUAGCUCGUCUUUCUGCACAACGCUUGGUUCACAGGGUCUGGGAAGAGACAUUUCUCACCUGCCGAAAUCAUCAUUACUAGACAGGCAACCAUGCUAACAGGCUUUAUCGAUGGACUCCUGUGCUGCCUUACGGGGAAAUCUGCCAAUGUUGUUGUACCCAUCGAGACCUCAGAACCAGCAGAUGGCUUCGAAUUUGUGGAGGUGAAGCCAGGGAGAGUGCUACGGGUGCGGCACAUCAUCCCAGAGAGGCCGGCAGUGAUGGAGCAGGUGACUGGUCAAGGGGGUACAGUGCACUGCAAGCGGAAGAUCACGGUGUACCGCAAUGGGCAGAUGGUCAUUGAAAACAUGGGUGACAUUCUACGCCCCGAGCUCCUCCACUGUCAGAACGGCGACACGGAGCCAAGCAGCACUGUGGAGGUGGACCUCUUGGACUCUAGCGCUCCUGCCACUUCCACAAGCACCCCUGACCCCAAUUCAACUCCCCCACCUGGACAGGAACAGCAAGAGCAGCCUGCGCCUCGCCGAAGGCGACGCAAACCCAAGCGCACAGUGGUCAUAGACUGCGAGCAGAAGAUCUCCAGCUGCAAAGGCACCCAUUCUGACGUGGCCCUCUUCUUUGUGCACGGGGUGGGCGGCUCGCUGGACAUCUGGGCGAGUCAGCUGGAGUUCUUCUCCUGCCUUGGCUACGAGGUCAUCGCCCCUGACCUGGCUGGCCACGGGGCGAGCUCUGCUCCCCAGAUUGCGGCCGCCUACACCUUCUAUGCCCUGGCUGAGGACAUGCGCGCCAUCUUCAAGCGAUACGCGAGGCGACGCAACAUUCUCAUCGGACACUCCUACGGGGUGUCCUUCUGCACCUUCCUGGCCCAUGAGUACCCAGAGCAGGUUCACAAGGUGGUGAUGAUCAAUGGUGGAGGCCCAACAGCCCUGGAACCCAGCCUCUGCUCCAUCUUCAACCUUCCUACCUGUGUGCUCCACUGUCUGUCCCCCUGCUUAGCCUGGAGUUUCCUCAAGGCUGGGUUUGCCCGUCAGGGUGCCAAGGAGAAGCAACUUCUGAAAGAGGGCAAUGCUUUCAAUGUGUCGUCCUUCGUUUUGCGGGCUAUGAUGAGCGGGCAGUACUGGCCAGAGGGGGAUGAGGUGUACCACGCAGAGCUCACUGUGCCCAUCCUGCUGGUGCAUGGAAUGCAUGACAAGUUUGUGCCCAUCGAAGAGGACCAGCGCAUGGCUGAGAUACUCCUCCUGGCCUUCCUGAAAGUGAUUGAUGAGGGCAGCCAUAUGGUGAUGAUGGAGUGUCCAGAGACGGUCAACACCCUUCUGCAUGAGUUCUUUCUGUGGGAGCCUGACACCUCCAAUGGCUCCAAAACAAAACAAGAACCUGCCAAGCCUCCUGCCGACAGGAAUCCUCUCUCCAAUGGGCAAGUACAGCCAAUAGCGGAGGGCAAGGACAAGAACAAGUAACCAAUGGGCAUCCUUAGAAAAACCAAUACAGAAAAAAUUGGUUGCUUAUUUCAUGGAUGGCUGUGCUGAGCAAUGUCUGCUCACAGGCUGAAAGCUGUUUUUAAAAAGCCAGAGUGGACACUGGAGGAGGCUGCGAGCAGCUCCAAGCUUGAGCUGGACCUGGAACCGAAAAUUGCAUCGCAGCUGGAAUAAGGGACAGACGACGGCAAAGAACGGAGCUUAAAUCAAAGGAAAUGAAGGCAGCUACAGAGAUGAGUGUUUUUUAGAAAACCCAUCUUGAACUGAUCAUGGGUUCUUCCUGUGACUCUCUGCCAUUGCAUUAUCUGUAGGAGAAGAAAGACCAGAGAGUGAGUUUUGGAGAGACUAAGACAUUGUGCCGUGAUACUGAGUAGGGUCAUGGUAGACCACGUUAGGGGAAUACAUUUGAUCGGUACAAGGCAGAGAUGUGGGGGUUUUGUCCCAUGAAUGGCUCUUAAGGAGUGCUUUUUGUACCAACGCAGUUCAGUAAUGAUGUUGCAAAGACAAUGAGCCAGUUACACUCACAGACAAAGAAAUGCCUGUUCCUGGGAAGCCAUUUAAUCCCUCUUUUAUUUUUAUUUCCUUUUAUAAAUAGAGACCAAUCUGUUAACCUAGGCAAGGCAUAUUCAUCCAAAGGUACGGCCAACAUAGAUGUGAAGUCUCUAGAAAGGAUUUUCUUCAUUUAUAUCAUUGGAAUUUAUAUGGUAAUAUAUCAACAAAAAGGCAAUGCAUAUUAAAAUGUGUAUACUUCCACCAUAUUUGAUUUGCUUUUAAGAGGCAAUUGACAUUGAGCUCGAAAGGAGAAGUCUAGUAGCUUGCAAAAUUUGAGAAACUAGAUUGCACCCUAAAUCAAUUUUAUGUUGAGAAAUGGAACAGUGAAAUUUGGUGAAUUCCACUUCAGUUCAAUUUAAACACUUUCAAGGUGCACAUAACAUUUUGAGAAAACAACUUAAGUUAUGUCACAUUCAGCGAAUCCAAAAAUGAUCUUAAUCUGUGAUGUGAUGGAAAUAUAGUUAAGUGGGAGGAGGAGAGUAUUCACCCAAAAUAUAGGGAGAAAAUGGCACUUGACAAUCAACAUUGUUUUGAGAAGCUUCUUAUUUUUCAUCAACUUAUCCAAGCAGCUAGUGGAUCUGAAUAGCCAGUGUAAAGGUUUCUGAGUUCAGAUGUAAGUCAGUGAUGUCGAACCAUCCAGUAUCAAUACUUUCCGUUUAGGCUUCAGACUGUUUCUGAACAAUGCUCUUCCUGUGGCUGACUGGUUAAGUGGCAUCUUAGCAGUACAUAUACUGUAUAUGACAAUGACAAUGUCAUUCACAAACCUAUUUACAUAAGUAAAUUAUAGAUUUUUGUAAAAUAAUUUUGCGUCAUACUGAAAUAAAAGGCCAUCCAUUGUGAAAUAAUUAAUGAUCACACAAUUGCAGUACCUGAAUCCUCUGUCAUAAAUUACAUGCAGCAGCAAUGUGGCACAAAUGGCUAUCAACACGCUGUUAAAUUUGUCAUUUUACAUCUUUCAUGUUUAAUUUUUAACAUCCUUUAAAAUGAUUAGGUGCCUAGCACCUCUACAGAGUAGGGGAAUUACAUUGUAUAAAAAUGUUCUACAAGUGGUGCAAAAAGCAAAAUAUGUUUAUUACAACAAACUAUAAAUAGUCUGCAGCAUAUUUAUGCGUCUCAGUUGCUGCUUAGUAAUAGCUAAUGAAUCUGCAGUAUAUUCCAAAUAGAGUAGUUAUUGAGACGGUGUAUUUGAGCUUAAAUACAGGCCACUGAAAUUCAGGGUGUUACCUAUAUAUGACAUUGAUAAGGAUGGUGAAUUGGUUUCAGAGUUCAGGUAAUAAUCUGUGGUCUGUUCAGCACUGAUAUUUAGAGGUCCAUGAAAAGUCUUGAGGUUGCAAUAUGCAACAAAUGAUAAUUAUUCAAAUGUUAAUUAUUAAGCUAGAGUCGGUGUGUGGACCCAGAAACAUGGUUGAAUAUAAGUGCAUUUAAAUUUAUUGAAAAAAUGAUUGUAGGCCCACUCACUGAAAUGCUGUACAUAAAAUGGGCAAGUUUCCCACAUUGUUGAUAGACAAUGUGCAUAUGCACUUUAUGGAUAAACCUGGCUUCUAAAUGCAGACUGCUGAUUUAAAGCACUACAACACAUGCCUGUCUAAAAUGUAAAUGGUAGUAGCCUGCUCAAGGUCUUCAAGAUGCUUGAAUUUAUAAAACUACUGCCUCUGCCAAGGGUACAAAUAUUUUUUUACUGUUGUGAAAUGGAAAAAUAAGCCCAUAAUUGUGCCACGGUGUCAUUUUCCUGGAACAAAAAGGAUCCAUUCUAAUGCUAAAGACACUUGGUGAAAAAAUGAACUCGCACAAUCACAAACAGAAGUUUUUCUUUGUUUUUUUUUUUAAAGAAAACCUUUACACAUGAAUAAAUGAAAACGUGACUUUGUAUGCCACCUAAUGCUACGUUUAAAAAAAAAAAAAAAAAAAAUCUUAAGCAAAAUGACAU